GACAGGGCUUUAUAACAGUGUAUAAUGAAUGCAAGAGCUACAGUGAAGAAAGUUGACAAGACUUUAAAGACCUUAAGUUCUGCAACACUCUCAGUCAGUUCUCUGUCGGCCACUGAAAUUAAAUGUGAAGACAGUGAUGAUGAAUCUGAUGGAUGGGAAACGGACUUGGAAUGUGAUGAUCAGGUAGCAUCGCCAUUCUCAAAGCUUAAGAUUUUAAAUUUUUAAGAUAGUGUAGAUUGAAAAGAAGCAUUAAUUUGCCAUCAUGUAACAUCUUCUAAGAUACGGCAGUUAACCCUUGGUUUUUUGAAAUUCCAGAUAAUUUGAGCCAAACUAACUUCCCUUCAACAGUCAAACACCGUAAUUUUACCCUGAUUUUUCAAACCUCCCUAUAAUUUGAACCAAUUUCCUUUUCCCACUUUGUUUUUAAAAACUGGGAUUUCACUGUAAUGAAAUACACUAGUUUAUCAAAAGUACAUGCAGGGGCAUAGCCAGCAUAUAAACCUGUAGGCCCAGGCCUACAAAUUUUUGGUUUGAUCACUCUACUGCUUGUAAUAAAUUAUGCGUUGUUGGGGUGAGCUAGAAAGCCUAAGAGGGCAAAGUGUUGGUGAGGUCAGUGCAGGCCUACAACUAGUUGAAAAGCUGGCUACACCCCUGAGUACAUGUAUCUUGGGGCUUUAUUCCAUGCAGCACUAGACGUUUGUCUUCAGAUUUAGUUUAUGUCUACUGCACCGUGGGGGUGUACUCCCUUACAUGGCGUAUAUGGGGAAUGCAAAGUGCCACUGGACAGGGUAUGGUUUUUAUCCUCUGUCCUAAACAGGGUAAAUUUAUAUCAUUUGGCACAAGUCUGUCCUAAAUGGGGUAUAUAAUUUCAUGCUAGUAUGUCCCAAUGUAAAUAUUGCCUGCAUGAUUGAUUUGACUCGCUUGAUGAAAUAUGUGUAUACUAUAAGUACAAAAGCCAUGACUAUGUGUAUAAUGUGAAUUACUUUGCCCUGUAGCAAUUGCCAAGAAGAUGUCAUGCAUUUUGUCCUUUGUACUAAACAGGGGUAAGAAAAUUGAGGUUGUUCUCCUUAACACGGUCGGGGUUCAAACCCUCAGCGGCCCACCUAUACCCAAAAUAUCGGUCAAGUACCCUCAUGGAGACUGCACCUAUCAUGAAAGUGGGUCAUCUCAUCACAUAGGUUUCUGUUGCACUCUGUGCGGCAGUUUGAACAGAUUUUCAUAUCAGGCUGGAGUGUUUUUCGUGGAACGUAAAUCUCCAAUUUUUUGCAGGACUUUUUACAGUUGAAGCCUCAGUAUGACCCCACUGGUCGAGCACUUUACAGGCGAGCAUGCCAGAAACUUGGAAUUGUUCCUGCAUCCUACUUUGUGCGUCACAUGACUGAGCCUACAGUUGCCAUGUCUCAUCAUGGGCUUGGCCCACUCGGAAUCAGGGCUAUGGCUUUAGCUCUUUUAUACAACACUAAAGUGACAAGCCUUGAUGUAAGGGACAAUGGUAUUGGUGAUGAGGGAGGAGAAAUCAUAGCAAAGCUCUUGAGAGAAAACUACUUCAUUGUUGAGUUAGACAUAUCUGAAAACCAGCUUGGAAGAAGUUCUAGUGUAGAGAUCGCAGAAACACUCAAGGAAAACAACACGCUGAUGAAGCUUGGACUUGCUGGGAAUUCUCUGGACGACAAAGAUGCUGAUAUACUUUGUGGAUCUCUGCUUGUAAAUAAUACUCUGACUCAGUUAGAUUUGAGCUGCAACAAAUUCUCAAACAAAGGCUGCGAAUACUUUGCAAAAUUACUUGACGAGAACAUCAGUCUAUCAGAGCUUGAUUUAAGCUGGAAUCACAUUCAAGCUCAAGGAGGAAAAAUGCUGGCUAAAGGACUUAGAGGAAAUGUAAAGCUCAAGUCUUUAAAUUUGGCAUGGAAUGGUUUAGCAACAGAUGGAGCCAAAGCACUUGCUGGAGCUUUAAUAGAGAAUGGAACCCUACAAGAGUUGGAUUUAAGUAGCAAUAGAAUUUCAGAUGCAGGUGCGUUUAGUAUUGCAAGAAGUCUGGAAAACAAUUCUUCUCUUGAAGUUCUUAAGCUAGCAAAGAACCAUCUUCAAAAUAAUGGUGCUUGUGCCAUUUUAAACUCAAUCACCAAAAAUGGAGAUAGUAGACUAAACAAAAUCAACCUCUCGGGUGUCAUUGUUAAAGAUGAAUUUCACUUAAUUGCAGAAGAACUGCAAAAUCUGAGGCAGAUUAGUAUAAUAACAGAGGAGACAACUGAAACAAAAGCUAAGAAGGAGGAACCUGAUCCUGGUACUCUUCUGCGUAACUACAUAGCAAAAGAGCAUGUUCUUGUCGUCGAUUUGUUCCGCAAGUUAGAUCGUGAUGGAAGCAUGCAAGUGAGUGUGAAAGAAUUUGCAGAAGGAUUACGCAAAUCAGAUGUUGGGCUGACUCAGUAUGAGGUAGACAGAAUGAUUGAUGUGUUGGACGUUGAUAAAGAUGGUGAAAUAGAUUACAGUGAGUUUGUUUACAUUCAGUCUGAGUGGAAAAGUGAAGACAAGGGAAAGAGAACAUUAUCCUCAAUGUAG